AUGCCGAACCAGAUGCCUACGAAGCAGUGGUACAAGGACGACUACCUCAUCUCCACCGAUCGCUCGCUCCUCCAGCUGGAUGCCAUCAAUGACGCCUUCGACUCGGAGUUGCUGUGGUGGGCGAAGCGCGUGGAUGAGGGCGUGUUGCGGCGGAUGAUUGAUAACUCGCUGUGUCUAGGCGUGUACAAGCUUCCCCAUUCCACCUCCCAGAUUGCAGGGAAGAAGGGGCCUGAGCUGGUUGGCCUCGCGAGGGUCGUCACGGAUUACGUGAGCUUGGCGUAUCUGUCCGAUGUGUACGUGCUGCAGGCGCACCAGGGCAAGGGCCUCGCGCCGUGGUUGAUGGAGUGCUUAAACGAGGUCCUGAACGAGUGGCCCGACCUACGGCGAUUCCUCCUCUUGACGUCGUCGCCGCAGGCGAGCAAGUUGUAUGAGAAGACGCUGGGGACGACGGAAUGGGGGGCGUCACAUGACGGGAAGCUGUAUCUGCUGGAGAAGCGCGGGCCCGCGAUGCCGGAUGGGCCGUCGGAUGGGGACGACUAUUGA